AUGGCUAACAUUCAAGAUCUAGGCAGCAGACUAGAAUUAUCAGAUAUUCAAGAUCUAGGCAGUAGACUAGAAUUAUCAGACAUUCAAGAUCUAGGCAGUAGACUAGAAUUAUCAGACAUUCAAGAUCUAGGCAGUAGACUAGAAUUAUCAGACAUUCAAGAUCUAGGCAGUAGACUAGAAUUAUCAGACAUUCAAGAUCUAGACAAUAGACUGGAAUUAUCAGACACGCAAGAUCUAGACAAUAGACUGGAAUUAUCAGACACGCAAGAUCUAGACAAUAGACUGGAAUUAUCAGGCACGCAAGAUCUAGACAAUAGACUGGAAUUAUCAGGCACGCAAGAUCUAGACAAUAGACUGGAAUUAUCAGACACGCAAGAUCUAGACAAUAGACUGGAAUUAUCAGACACGCAAGAUCUAGACAAUAGACUGGAAUUAUCAGACACGCAAGAUCUAGACAAUAGACUGAAAUUAUCAGACACGCAAGAUCUAGACAAUAGACUGGAAUUAUCAGACACGCAAGAUCUAGACAAUAGACUGGAAUGA